UAUUAAUAAGCUACAAAGAAAUCAUUUGUAAAGCUUCAAUUUUUAAUUACUAAUAUGGUGUGAAGUUGUUAUUUUUUAUUGUGCCCUGUCCGUACAUAAAACCAACACACAGGAACUCCCACUGAUAAGCUUUGAUCGUUGGGUUUGUUGUUUGCACAUCGUAGGGGGUUGGGGGAGGUGGACCGAGCCAGAUUUCUUAUCAGUCUCCUCGUUCUGUUUUCGGUCAACGCCGGCAGCGGGAAAACAGUUCUAAAUCCACCAGCACAAAGUGCAGUACUCAGUCCACAGAAUUACCCCAUCAUAACAUAAUGUCGGCCAUCGGAAAAAUCGGAUUCCUGGGCGGUGGCAAUAUGGCCAAAGCUCUGGCCAAGGGAUUCCUGGCAACAGAUUUGGCCAAACCUAACACCUUGAUAGCUAGUGUUCAUCCGGCGGAUAAGCUCUCCCUGCAAUCCUUUCAAUCCCUGGGAGUGGAAACAGUGGUUAAUAAUGCACCUGUUGUUGAAAAGUCGGAGGUAGUCUUCGUUUCAGUAAAACCUCAAGUGGUCCCCGCUGUCCUAUCGGAGAUUCAGCCACUGAGCUCCGGUAAACUUUUCCUAUCCGUGGCUAUGGGUAUCACCUUGUCAUCAAUCGAAUCCAGUCUCUCACCGCAAGCUCGUGUGAUACGCGUGAUGCCCAAUCUGCCGGCAGUGGUGUGCUCUGGAUGCUCGGUUUUUGUUCGUGGAACCAAAGCCACCGAUGCAGAUGCAGAGGUUACGCAAAAACUCCUACAGUCUGUGGGCACUUGUGAGGCGGUAGAUGAAUCCCAGUUGGACGUAGUUACUGCUCUAAGUGGCAGUGGACCUGCCUAUGUGUUCGUAAUGAUUGAAGCUUUGGCAGAUGGAGCCGUUCACAUGGGAAUGCCCAGAGAUCUGGCUUAUCGCUUGGCAUCCCAAACCGUCCUAGGAGCCGGUCAUAUGGUGCGGGACAGUGGACUGCAUCCAGGGCAACUUAAAGAUGGGGUCACAAGUCCGGCUGGAUCGACCGCAGCAGCCCUCAGACAACUUGAGCUGUCAGGUUUUCGAGCUGCUGUGUCUGGAGCCGUGGAGCAAGCGACGCUGCGAUGUCGGCAAAUCUCAGGAAAGACGGUUUAGGUUUCUAUUUAUACCAUAUUUAGUUUAUAAACUAAUUAUAGUUUCAAAGUAUGUACAUAUAAGCAAAUCUUAUCAGAUCGUAAAACUGGGGAAUUAAUAUGUUAUUUUAUGCUUUGUCCUCAGGGAGUUAAUUAUAAGAAUAAAUUUUUAAAAAUCAA